AUGCGUCGCGCCUUAGAAGACCUCAGCGACCCAGAUCGCAACCUGGCCGAGUCGACAGGCCAACUUCCCGAUAUGCCCCAAAACAUCGACCUAGACCUCAUCACCGAAGAAUCCAACGAUGCGCGUAUACACACCCCUCCACCCCGCAUCGCAGCACGUUUUUACCGUCCUACAAACAACCGUCGCAAAUCUUCCGCCGCCUCCUCUCGCCGCAACUCUAUAUCCUCGGUACAUUCACACCAGUCGCAUGCCUCCAGAGGUCCAGAUCUAGAUGGCAGCCCUCAGAGUAAUUAUAUCGCUCAGCACCUGCGACGUGCGUCGAUCUUGGAGGAUCGAAAGGCCCGGCUGGCAGACAGGGCAGCACAUGCAGAGAAAGUCAGGCUCAGAGCAGCCCUGGCCAAGGCAGCGCCCCGCAGCGUUAUAAAUAGCGAGGAGAGGGCAUUAGCUGCGCAACAUGCAAGAGAGAAGAACCUUGCGGAGAUUGUGGCUAGUUGUGCCGAGGAGGUGAGGAGGGCAAAGGGUGUUGCUGAGAGCAUGAAGGAGAAGAGGGAGGCUGAUGGCAAGCGAGUGAGAAAGGAGAUGGAAGACAAGCUUGCCGAAGCAGAAAGGAGGAGGGAGGAAAUCCUUAAUAGGGGGGGAAAUACAAAGAGAGGACGCUCAGCGAGCCAGCGUAGGAAGAGCUCUUCUCCUCUGCCAAAAAUCCGGGAACAAAUCAGUGAAGCUACGGCUGCUUCCAGGAUUCAGCAAAAAUGGAGAGCCCAUCGCAGAUGGAAGGCUCUCAAGGAUUUCUCGGACUUGGGUCUUACAAUUGAUGGUGUACGGGAGACGUCUUUUGAGAAGGUCGUCGAUUUACUGGCAGAUGAAAAAGUCGUAGUGGGCACUGCUCGGGUGCUGAGAAUCUGUGGGUUGGAGGAAGGAGAGAGCGGGUCCGUCAACGAAAUGACUGCAGUUCGAACCUUCCUGAGUGCAUUCCUUAUUCUAGGACACCCAACUCAGGUGCUUAGCGGUAAAGGUGAAAAAGGAGAGGCAGGGCAGGUGCAGGUGGGAGUAUUGCCAAUGCGGAGAGAUGAUCUAGCUAAUCCCCAGCUGCAGGAUCUUGUUGCUAAAGCUCGGGAUUUGUUAAUCUCUUUCGAGAAUGUUUUAUCGCGACUAACACCUACGAACAACUAUACUCCCCCGCCUGCUCAGUUCUCAAAUUUGUCAGACGUCUAUGCCACUUUCUUCAACGCAUUUAUUGCUUGGAAGGCGCGGGACUCGAGCACACUUAUCGAUAUGAUGGUCCUGCAAUUUGUAGAACUUGAUUUGAUAUGGCAGACUGUGAAAGAUAGCACUGAAGAAGCUGUCACUGAUUCUUAUCGAGACGGCAUUCGAGAAAAUCAACUCAAGUUGAUGGUUAGGAUCAAGAAACUGGCUGGUCCCGACAGAGGAAAGAAGUUGAUCACGAAAGCUAUAAGGGAAGCGCGUGCCGCACGUGCUAUAAAACAACCCGAAGGAGAUUCUCGACCACGCGCCGCAGAGUCAGUCACCUCUGAGACUCCAGCUAUUGCAGAUUUAUCUGCGUCCGAGAAGUCGGUGGCUACUCAUUUGCAAACGCUGACCCCACCGUCGACACCCCGCAAACGUGAGCCUCCGAGAUCUGAGGUUGAUGCCCUAAGAAGUGCGACUACGAUUCUCCCUGACAAUCGAAUCAUCGCUCAUGAAAUCGCUAUCAACCGAGAAUAUCGCAUCGGAGAAGAUGCUCUCGAAUACAGGGACUCGUUGAUGAGUGCCGUCUUUGACGUUAUGCGUCGAGAUAUCGCUCAAGGGAACAGCGAACCAUGGGUUCUUGCGAUGGCUGAGAACAUCAAGGGAAAGCUUCUGAAUCUCCUGAAGCAGGGCAAUUCGAUGCACACUCUCAUCAGCGAAGCUCUCGAUAACGACGUUGUAGCUCGUGAACUUCAAAGUGGCUCUUUCUCUUAUGAGAAGUUUUUCUCAUUCAUGGCAACUAUCAUUCCUCGCCUCUGCGCUCCUUUCCGUGACGAAGAAAUGAAGGAGCUGGUUGAAAACAAGAUGCAGAGCGGUGAUGUGGUUGAUCGCCUGCAGAGCCUGAUGCACGCCACGGAUCUCAUGCAAAUUGAUUAUGCGAACUUUAUGUUGCAAGCUGCCGCACCAGAACUUAUCAAGCACGCAGCUGCAUACGAGACAACACGCUUCGCAGAGAUAAUGGAUGAGACUUCAAAUAAUCUCUCAGCAACUCAGCAAGCAUGGGAAGAAGCCAGGGCUAAGGUUUAUGCCGAGGCGGCCAGACGAGAUCCGCAGCUAGCGAGGAGCCGACCGAUGCCUGAUAAGAUAUAUUCUCACAUGCUGGUCGACGUCUUUACCAACCUCGACCCCUCAGUACCUACCCCUGAAACACUUCAGGUAGAUAGCAAACGCAUCCAGUCUACUCGCGGCGACAUUCUUCGCAUCAUUACUACAGGUGCGAUUCUUCUUCAGUGUAAGAACAUGUUGAAGCGAGAUGUUCGCAGCCAGUGGAAGACCGAAGCAACACGUAUCCUUUCGGUGCUGGAAAACGCCAAGAGUGUCGAGAGCGCAAGUCAAGGCAUUCAAGCAGCAUUGGAAUCCUCUCGCAGCAUGCCAGCUGCUACGAAGAACCACAUUCGUGAACUAGUUACAAGGAUCGUGGGAAUCUCUGCCUCUAUUUCAGGCCCUCCCUCCGAUUCGACCACGUCAUCUUCAGAGCUCAGAGACCCGGUUAUGCGUCUGUUGAUGACCAGAUUGAAGGGACACAUCCAUACACGCCUGACGGCCAGAACAGAGAGAGAGAAAGUCAAGAGCGCCAGUACUGCUAGUGAAAGUCUUGCUACACUUGGACUACCUGAGUUUGUGCAAAAGGUUGGCGCUAUCGUGGAAGAGAUGGGCAAAGUGGGUGCAUUGGAUAGAGAAGCCCACGGACUGUGGUAUGAGCUCGUUGCCAAGAAGGCUGAAGAUGCAGAGACGGAAGUUGCUUCUUGA